GGUUGCUGGUGUCGGAUGUCUACGUGUGUGUGUCGGUCGUCUCCAGCGUUGUGUUGUGCACCGGAAUAGGAUAUUUUGUCAUAUUGUUAUCACGAGCCAAAACCGCAGCUGCACGUUGUUUUCGCACGAUAAACCCGCGGCCGAUACACUCGCCGAACUACUACAAAGUAAAAUACAUUAUCGCCGACGGUACCUACGCGCCAUGCAAACGUUAAGUUGUACCGCUGGUCACUGACAUCCCAGACCGCGUGUUAACUUUGAGUGUCUGAACUUGUGACUUGCGUCCGAUUUCGUCGUUGGUCGUACUCUUGCGUGUGAGUGUGUGUAAUUAUUCGCGUAACUCACGACAACGAUAUAUUAUCAUUAUCAUAACAAUGGAAACCGUCGCGUUAUCACAAGCGAGAAUGAGACGCCGGCUCUGCGUCGGACGCGGCGUCUCGGUCGUGUCGCUGCUUCUGUUGGCGUCCGCCUUGGCCGCCAACGCCGCACAGCCACCGCCGCCGCCGCCACCUUGUUUCCGGACGUCCAACUACUUCCGGACGCACUUCAACGACACGUCCAACGUACUCGACAAACCAGCAUCGAGCGCUCAGCUACAAGUGUGUGGGAAAUUACAGGAAUCGUGUUGUGGUGAAAAUUCCGAACCGCAACUGGUCACCGUCGGUCGAAACAUGUACGAGGAGAAACUACAGACUUCGCUGAAAGGGUUGAGCGUCAUGUAUAAAGAGAAGGCGGCCAAAUUCGACGAAUACUUCAGAGACAUGUUGAACAAGGCCCGGAUGGGUUUCCAUGACAUGUUCAAGAAGACGUACGGCAUGAUGUACGAACAGAACUCGUACUUGUUCCAAGACUUAUUCAGAGACCUGGAAAAGUACUACGACUCGGGCAACUCGAACAUCAUCGAAGUGCUGGAGAACUUUUUCUCGGUGCUCUGCCAGAAAAUGUUUACGGUCAUGAACAGCCAGUACACGUUCGAUUCCAAGUAUUUGGUGUGCGUCAGCGAGAGCAUGGCAGAAGUAGCACCGUUUGGCGACGUUCCAGACAAACUGUCGGCACCGCUGAAACGAUCGUUCGUCGCUUCCAGAACGUACGUUCAGGCGCUGAAAAUAGCCGGCGACAUUUUGGCCAACAUCAACAAGAUGAUGCCCACCCAAGAGUGUUUGCUAGGGUUCACCAGGAUGACUCAGUGUCCGGCGUGCAAGGACACCGAGUUUUUCCAGGACAGCAGAGCUUGCAACGGGUACUGUCUUAACGUCAUGAAAGGAUGUCUGGCGUACCACUCGCAACUCGACCAGGAUUGGAACGCGUUCUUAGAUAUCAUGGAGAAAGUCAGAAAACGACUGCUGGGACCGUUCAACAUCGAACUGGUGGUCAUACCGAUCAACGUGAAGAUAUCGGAAGGUAUCAUGAACUUCCAAGAGAACGCGCAAAAAGUAUCGCAAAAGGUGUUUUCGAGCUGCGGUAAACCGACUUUGGGACCGUCCCGCCGGAGGAAAAGGAGUGAAAUGUAUGGCGGCGAUUAUUAUGACGAGCAACAGGGACGCGUUAUGAACGACGGCAACAAGGACCAGAACCAGGACCAGGACCAGGACGACGACGACGACGACGAUGACGACGAAGACGACGAGGACGAAUACGAAGAAAUCAAACCACCCGUGGCCACUAGGAAGAACAACGACAAGCGCGGUGGAGGCGGUAACGCGUCGGGAGAGAACGGCGGCGACCGGAAAAACCAACAGAGGAAGAACAAGAACAACAGCGGUCCCAAGAACGGCGGAGGCGGUGGCAACAAUAAGGGUCGCAAAAAGAACAAAAAUAACCGUCUGGAGGGCGAAGACGAGGACCAAGGCACGCCGGCAUACGCGUUCCACAGGUUGCUCAAAGACAUUGGCAACGACGUGGAAUCUAAAAAAACCUUCUGGAAGAGGCUGCCGUACGAAGUUUGCAACGAGAUAUCGGUCAACUCGCAGAACGCUACCUGUUGGAACGGUUCAGCAUUGUCCAGUUACACUAAAGAAGUGAUGAGAGACGGUAUUAAAAAUCAAAGGAAAAACCCGGAAGUUCCCGUGGAUCUGCUGCGACCGAGCAGUCUACUCAACGAACAGGUGUUCGCUCUGAAAGCGUUGACCAACUUGUUGAAGAACGCAUAUCAAGGACUGGACGUGGAAUGGGACAUGGAAGAAGUGUUCCACGGUGGCGAAUCGAGCGGCAUCGGACCGAUAGCUUCUUCGGGCGACGGUUCCGGCGAAGAGGAUGCAGAGGCUCCGGCCACGGUAGUGGUAGACCCUGCAUCGCCCACGUCGACGACCACGACAACUGCAGUAGCCACGAGUACAGUCAGGUCUGUGGACAACAACGAAAUUGACUCCGGAACGGGCAACACUGAUUCGAGUGCCGGCCACAAAGUCAAGGUGUCCCUUCGAAAGGCGCUGGCCACGUACAUGUUACCGGUCGUGGCUGUCUGGUUCGGCGGAUCGUUCCUCGAGUGGAUACUGUGAUAAGCUGUUUGUUCCUGGGAGUAUUUUAUCGUUCUCGAUGGUGCCAUAAAAUGUUCAGUGUGUUUGUCUGUGAUACUUUUUAUAAAAAUGAAACAAUUAACGUAAAUAUUAUAUACCUUUAAAUUUCUGUAGCCAAUUCAGAAUGUAAAUUCCUAAAGUCUGUGACUCCUUGUAUUGUGUUUUUAUGUGUAAAAAUGUAUAAUUAUUAUUAUUAUUAUUAUUUUAAAUCAAUUCUCCUAAUGUUGUAUUGAUAUAUCACAGGGGUUAAUAAUUGUAUACCACAUUAAUUUGAACUAACGAUUACUGAUUAGAUAUCUCAUUAAUCAAUUAAUUAUUAUUGUUAUGUUGGUUAAGUAAUAGAACCACUACUUUAUAUUAUUAAUGUAAUUUAAUUUAUCAAUAUUUUAAGUAUAAUAACUCGGUAACAAACAAAUUCAAUGUCCUAUAAUAAGACUUAAAAUAAUUACAAAAUUCGGUGUGUUGUACCCAAAACUUUGUACAGAUAGUUUUAAAAUGACUAACUCAAAACACAUCAUCUAAAAUUCUGUUUUUUUUUGUUUCGUAUAAAAUAAGGAAUUUAUGUUUGUUUAUUAUUUAUUAUCUUUUUUUUUUUUUUAAUUCAUAAGUGAUUUAGUCUAGUCAACAUUUUCAUGUGAAAAAAAACUGUACUAUAAUUCAGGCAAUUCCAUUUUCUUUUCUUUAUUGUAUAUGUACAUUGAUUUUUCAGGGGAGGGGGUAAACAUAUUUUUGUAAUACAUUAUAACUCAUUUUAUACAUUUACCUUUGUGAUUUAAACAUUUUGUUUUUGUGUAAAAUAUUAUAAGGUUUUUGUACAAACAUAUUAUAAUUGUGUUUCAACAUAAUAAUAAUAUAAUGGGUCAAAAAAUAUUUAUUUUAAGGCCAAUCUUUUAUAAUAACUAUGAGUAAAUAAAACAAACAUAAAAAAUACAAAUUAUUAAUAGAUUU